AAGAUACAGACAGGCUCCUGGAGAACCCAGAAUGACGGGGUUUGGAGACAUCUUGAAGGCGGUCGGAGAGUUUGGCAGAUUUCAGAAAUGGCUGGUGUUGCUGAUCUGCAUCCCAAAUUUCCUCACCCCCUUUCACAUGUUUGGCCAAGUAUUCCUAGUAAUGGACGUGCCACACCACUGCAACACCAGCUGGAUCCGUGCAAUCAGCCCGAACCUGACCAAAGAGCAGGAGCUGAACUUGACCAUUCCCAGGAAGCCAGAUGGAUCCCUAGAGGAAUGCCUGAUGUUUACUCCUGUGCAAGCAGAUAUUGACUCCAUCAUAGAAUACGGACUCAAUGGCACCGAAAAGUGUCAGGAUGGCUGGGUUUAUCCUGCAGGACUAAAACCAACUUUGCUAACAGAGUUUAACUUGGUCUGCGACCGACAAGACCUAAACGACUUCUCCCAGUCUAUCUAUAUGGCAGGCCUUCUUGUGGGAGCCCUGGUCUUCGGCCCACUGAGCGACAGGAUCGGAAGCCGGUGGUCCAUCUUGCUCACCCUCCUGAUUAUGGGCUCCUUUGGCGUUGGGGCAGGCUUCGCACCCAGUUUCUCUGUCUACAUCGCCCUGAGAUUCCUCGUGGGAGCUGCUUUUGCUGGGAUCAGUAUAAGCAUGGCGGCUUUAAGUUCUGAGUGGGUCGGGGCUUCGUAUCGCCCGCUGGCGCUGGUCAUCACCCACUGCUGCAAUGCCCUGGGACAGAUGGCUCUGGCUGGCUUGGCGUACUCCAUUCGCGACUGGCGGCUCUUUCAGAUCGCUGGCUCUGCUCCUGCUUUCGCGCUCUUUUUUUACAUAUGGGUCCUUCCCAGCUCUGCCCGGUGGCUUGUCACAAGAGGAAAGAUCAAGGAAGCCAAAAAGGUGCUCCAGAAGGCCGCCUCCAUCAACAAACGAACCAUCCCGGAAGAACUGCUCAACCAGCUCGCUCCAGAGGAGAAGGCAAAAUCUGGAAAUGUACUGGAUCUUUUCAAGAAGCGACACCUUAGACUUAUGACUUUUAUCAUGGCCUGGAUCUGGUUUGCUGACAGUUUGGUUUACUACGGCGUGAGCCUUCACGUUGGGGAUUUUGGCUUGGACAUCUACAUGACGCAGCUCAUUUUUGGAGCAGUGGAAAUCCCAUCCCGCUUCUCUUGCAUUUUCCUGCUCCAGUGGCUGGGCAGGAAGAGGUGCCAGGCUGUUUGGCUUCUGCUGGGUGGAAUAGUUUGCUUGCUUAUUCCUGUUAUUCCAAAAGGUUUUCCCGUCAUUGUCACUGUGCUGGCUGUUAUCGGCAAGUCUGCUCUGGCUGCCUCUUUUUCCACCACUUACGUGUUUUCUGCAGAGGUAUUUCCCACGGUUGUCAGGCAAACCGGCUUGGGCUUGUGCUCCAUGUCGGCUCGAACAGCGGGCAUCCUCUCCCCGUUGGUUGGUCUCCUGGACAAAUACCACCCUGCCAUCCCCAUGUCCAUCUUUGGAAGCACCGCAGUGCUGGGGGGAAUCCUCUGCUUCCUGCUUCCCGAGACCCGGAACAAGGAUCUCCAGGACAACACGGCCAACUCCUCAUCGAGUCAGAAGUCCAACAAGGCCAUCCACAGUGGCUUUGGAAAUGGGCCGGUGGAGCCGAAAGAAGAUGAGCAGAAGGCUACGGAAUCCACCAUUAGCACAUACCUCUAG